AUGAAGGGCGCCUUAGGAUGGAAGGCUGCUAAUGGUUCGUGGUUAUUCCUUUGCGGAUCGUCAUUGAUCAGCGAGAGAUUUGUAUUAACGGCUGCUCAUUGUACAAAAGUAAGAAAAACCAAUCUAAUGAAUCCUAAUCCCGAAAUCGUUAGACUUGGAGCUGUGAAUAUUUAUAAUUCAAGUCGUAGCGGUCUUGCUGAUGUAAAAAUUAAAAAUAUAAUUGUACAUCCGAACUAUAAACCUCCUGAGAAAUACUACGACAUUGCUCUUAUCGAACUAGAAACUACAGUAAAUUUUACUAAAUAUGUACAUCCAGCUUGUUUGAACACUAAGCCUGCAGUUGACAUAAAAAAUAACAUUUUUACAGUCACUGGUUGGGGUGAAACGGAAAACAGAACGACUUCACAUCAUCUUCUUUCUGCAACAGUUGACUUGUUUGAUUCGAAUUGUAGUAACUUAGUAUUGAAUAGAAAUUGGUGGGGACCGUUAGAUCAGCACCUAUGUGCUGGUAAACUCGACGGCAGUGUGGACACGUGUUAUGGUGAUUCAGGAGGUCCUCUCCAAUACAAAUUAAUUGAAAGAAAAGACGACGGAACAAUGCAUAUGAUAGUAGCAAUAACUACAUUUGGUGCGCGUAAAUGCGCUAAGGCAGAUACGCCGACUGUGUACACACAAGUGUCUACCUUUAUAGAAUGGAUUGAAAAUCACGUGUGGCAAGAUGAAAAACAAAUUGUGGAAUAAUUCUGAAAUAAUUGAUAAAAUAAUUGAAUUGACACUACAAGUAUAUGUAUAUAUUUCCAGAAAAAUUACAAAAACAAUUCGAAAUAUCAUAGCUCACAAUAUCGUGUUCUUGUGUAAAAAUAUUUAUUUAUUUAUU